AUGCCAACAAUGACCACUUUCCAGUUCGGUAAACAUAAAAAAAGCACUAACCACGGAAAACCCGUAAAGAUUACAGUAUUGGGACAAUCGGCAGUCGGAAAAACAGCCUUAUGCGUUCGCUUCAUGACGAGAAGAUUCAUCGGGGAAUACGACCCUACCCUAGAGACGACACACCAGUUCAGAACAUUUGUAGAUGGUGACCCGGGACCUGUGGACUUCGAAAUCCUGGAUACAGCAGGACAGGCCGAGAAUUAUUUGACGCAGUCGCAGAUAAAAUGGGCAGAUGCUUUCAUUAUCGUAUACUCGGUUACCGAUAGAUGUAGUUUUGACGAAGUUAUGAGACUGAAAUUUAUCAUCAAUAAAACAAAAGACAGGGAAGUAGCUGUGCUCAUCGUCGGAAAUAAAAUCGACUUGACCUUUGACCGGAUGGUGUCGAAAGAAGAAGGCGAAAAACUGGCAAAAUCCUUAAACUGUUCCUUUCUCGAAAUUUCAGUUCGGGAAUCUUACGAUGACGUCAAAUACGCUUUCCUUAAAGUAUAUCAUGAUAUGAAACACUUGACGAAGAGAACGUCUUCGCCAAAACUGUUCGUGCGCUCCAAAAGUUCCGCACAAAUCAGAGGGCUGACGCCAGAGGUGCCACGGCCACGUGAGCGAAGCAUGAGCGUGGUUCACCAAGUACCGCUGCCGCAGAUGGACCAAUUCAUGUCGUCUUUAAAUGAAUGA